AUGACACUGGAUCAGAAGAGCGGCCUCAGGCUCGAGUAUGCGACUUCAGAUGACGCAGAAGCAAUCGCACCAUUGUUCGCUCAAUCCUUUCACGACCACGCCUACUUCCGUCCGUGGGCAGAUAUAUUCCGUUUCGCGACCAAGGACUCAAGCACGAUUUGUCUGAAAGUCACGGAUGACGAGACAGGGCAGAUUAUCAGUCAUGGACGGUGGGUAAGGCCUAAGAAAGAGGAUGCAGAUGCACAGCCAGGACAUGAGGAAGAACGAUGGAGUGCACUUGAUCCAUAUCUCGAUGUUGAGACUGCAGAGGCACUAUUCGGAGCUUUCGAGAGGAAUAGGCAUGAGAUGAUGGAGGACCGAAAGCAUUACUACAUGGAGCUACUCAUGACAGCAGAAGGACACAAAGGUCGUGGUGCUGGAAGUCUCAUUUUGAAACAUGGAAUUGCUCUGGCAGACGAGGCUCAAGUCGAAUGUUACAUAGACGCGUCACCAGCCGGAAGACGUCUGUACGAGCGACAUGGCUUUGUGUUCUCCAAGCAAGAGAAGCUGCCCAUGGAUUACCAAUACAACUUUGGUAUCAGAAUGCCACAGGUGCAAGGGAGAGAGAAGAAAUAA